GAGCGAAGAAGACGCGUGCGCCAUGUUUGUUUUUAGGUGGGAUUCACUUGCAUCCUGUCGGAGUAAAAGUUGUGUUUUGGCUCCUUCGCCAUCAUCUGAAUUCUCCUGACGGGCCGCUUGGAGCUUCGUCCUCCAUCAAGUUACCGGACAGAGACGGACCCCAGCGGAGCGGAGCUCCCGGACCUCCAUACGGACGGGGACACCUCACACGGAACUAAUUAGCAUUAGUUAGCCUCUGCUAAAGUCCACAGCCGGCUGCUGUCGGGGAUUUUUUUUUAGACUAAAGAGGCUUUUCUGUGAUUCUCUGUCGUCUUUGUGCUUCGUAUCUACAAAAAAGGGCUGGAGGAGAUCCAUCCACCGUCAGAAGGAGGAGAACAUGAGAAGCUGAAUGAAGUGAAGAUGGAAACAGAGCAAACAGGAGAGGACAGAAACGGGAUUCUUCCGGACACCAGCAGUCUCUCUGCAUCAAACCAAAGCAGAACUAAGACAAAAUGCUGUCAUCGCUGUUCAAUCUGCGGCCGCGAGUUUGAUCGUCCAUCCCGGCUGUCGGAUCACAUGAGCGCACAUGCCGGCUACAAACCGCACAGCUGCUCCGUGUGCGGCAAACGUUUCACCAAGAAGGUGAACGUGGUGGUCCACCAGCGGGUUCACACCGGAGAGAAGCCGUACUCCUGCCCCGACUGUGGCGUCAGCUACGCCCAGCUGGGCUGCCUGCGGAGGCACCGGCUGCAACAUGCCACCGAGAAACCCCACCGCUGCUCGCACUGCGGCCGAGGAUUCGUCCAGCGGCGGUAUCUCAUCCAGCAUGAGCGGACGCACACCGGAGAGCGGCCCUUCUCCUGCCCACUGUGCCCCAAACGCUUCGCCUCCAAGUCGGGGCUCGGCGACCACCAAAAGACCCAUACGGACCAGAGCUUAUACUCCUGUUCGGUCUGCGAGAAGGUUUUCUCCACGCCGUCGUCUUUCAGGGAUCACGUGAGGCUGCACACAGGUCAGAAGCCACACGCUUGCUCGCUGUGUGGCAAAAGCUUUAACCGGCCGGGCCUCCUGAAAAAACACUUGCAGAAACACAGUGAGCAGGACCACAUGGUCCAAGCUGACAAGACACCACAGCUGUCCACCUGCGACAUCUGCGGCCGUGUGUUCACCAGAUCGUCGCGGCUGAAGGAGCACAUCAGGUCUCACACCGGGGAGAGGCCAUAUCAGUGCGACGUCUGCGAGGUGCAGUUCUCUACACUGAGAGAGUUGAAGAAACACCAGGAGACUCAUAGCGGGCAAGGAGGCGACGCCGCCAUGACGACGCCUAACGACCAGAAACCAGACGAGCUGCUCAACAGUUUGAAGGAGGAAGAGGAUGGAAACGAGGAGGAAGCAGAGACAGUGGUGCAUUCACUGACCGACAGCGGCCCGAAAAAACUCCACAGCUGCUCUGUCUGCGGUAAAAGCUACCCGAUGCCCUCCAGGCUCCGAGAGCACUUCAAGAUGCACAUGAGGGAGAAGCUCCACCACUGCUCGGUGUGCCGGAAGGUCUUCAGCACCUCCACCAGCCUGAGGGCCCACGAGAAGACCCACAUGACAAACAAGCCUCAUUCCUGCAGCGUCUGCCCCAGGAGCUUCCUGACACCCUCCCUGCUCCGCAGCCACAUGAAGAUCCACAUCCAGGACGGACUCAUCACAGAUCCUGCUGGCAAGGAUUUAUCAUCAAACAUGAAGACUGAGAAGGAAGAGAAAGAAAUAAUAAAUGAAGAGGAAGGUGUGAUUCAGCAGGUGAAGGUGGAGGAGGAGGAGGAAGUUUUGGAUGAGCAGGACUCAGAAGACCUUUCUACCACUGAAUCUACACCACUGCCUGGUAACCACGGUGACCAGCUGGAGGGCCAGAUCAGCGGAUUGAUAAACUCCGAUGGAGAAGGAGAGGACUUGAAGCCCACGUUCAUCGACCCAGACGGACGCUCAGACCAGCAGACCGACGACAGCGGUGCCAAAGGUAAAAAGAAGCACUGCUGCCAGUUGUGCGGCCGCAACUGCUUAAAGGCGUCUGCGCUGAAGACACACCUGCGGGUUCACUCUGGCGAGCGUCCGUUCCAGUGUCCGGUCUGCAGGAAGGGCUUCGUCCAGCAGGCGCACAUGAUGGAGCACCAGAGGAUCCACACCGGGGAGCGUCCCUACACCUGCGACGACUGCGGCAAGAGCUUCACCUUCUCCAGCGCUCUGCGCCGCCACAAGCGACUGCACGACGACGCCCGGCCGUACCAGUGCGCCGUCUGCCAGAAGACCUUCAAGCAGCAGAGCUCGCUCAAGAGCCACCAGCUGACACACUCAGGCGUCCGCUACCAGUGUCCGCUGUGCAGCAAGAGCUUCAGCCGCGCCCUCGAGCUCACCUACCACGUCGACAUGCACUCCGACGCCCGGCCAUACUUCUGCAACAUCUGCAAGAAGAACCUGAGCGGCGCCCGCAUCUUCCGCAAACACAUGAAGAAGCACGACUCUCCGAACUCGCCGCUGUCGCUGAAGAAGCUGCCACAAGCCGAACCAGGAGAAACCAAGACUGUCUCAGAGGUCUGACUGUAAAAGACGACACUGAGGGAAUCACUGAAGAGGCCUUUGACUUCUCAGCAGCCAAUCACAUGUGCAGUACAAGUCACUUAGCAACCAGAGCAGCCGGUCGGAGUUUCAGGCUGAUGAAGGACACUGAGCUUCACCGUGCUUCAGAUAUCGUCGGUUCUGUCCAAUCAGAGGACCCUGAGCGCCUUAAAGGAGCAUUUAGGGUUUGAGAUGUUUGUGUGUCACGUGCACAAAUGGAGUCUGGACAUUGUUAGCCUAGCUUAGCGUCAGAGCUACAACUGAUAAUCAAUUAGUCGUCAACUACUAACUGCCAAUUCUGAGUAAUUUUUUCAAGAAAAACAUCUAAAUUCUCCAGUUCCAUAUUAGACUUGCCGAUCAGCAUUUUUCACCAAACAACUGAUUGAUUAAUCCAGCAACUAAUUCACAGAUUAAUCAAAACUGAAAAAAACAAUUGUUGGUUGCAGCCCUAUUACUACACACCUUUACUUUUUUUAAAAAUUUUGAUCGACCAAAAGUCUAAAAAUGUCCAAGAUAUUUAGUUUACAACCAAACAAGACAAAGAAAAGAAGUAAAUCUUCUUUUUUGAGAUGCUAAAAUCUGCAUAUAUUUGGCCUUGUUUUAUUUGGUCUUGAAAAAUGACUAAAAUUAUUAAUUACCGAAAUAAAUUUCAGAGUAAAUUUUUCUUAACUGAAAGCAUAAAAGGAGUCCCUGUAGACAAAUUCUGCUCAUUACUGAAUAGAGCUGCAAUAAUUCAUUGAUCAGUAGACAACUUAUUGAUUAAAUGGUUUGAGUAAUUUCUUAAUAGAAACAGUCUAAAUUCUGUGACUGCAACUUCUUCAAUGUGAAUAUUUUCUGGUUUCUUUCCUCUGUGACAGUACACUGAAUAUCUUUGGACAAAACAAGACAUUCGAGGAAACACUGAUCCACAUUUUCUGACAUUUUAGAGACCAAACAGCUGAAAAUAAUCCACAGAUGAAUGAAAAUGAUUGUUAGUUGCAGCUCUACUCAGCAAAAACGGCUAAACAGGCAGCAGUUGGUCUGAACGUCCAGAGUUUAAAAAUACACCAGCUUCUAAAAACAUGUAGUUUAUGGUUACAGGAGUCAAACAAGACACUAAAAAGUCUUCCAGCACAUAUAACUCACCAUACACUGUCUUUACACUUGUGUUAGUGGACAGAGUAAGUAAACAAGAUGAUACGAGUUAAUUAAAGAUGUUUUUGGUGUAUUUUUGAACCUUAGACGGCACCAGAUGACUGGUUCCUCACUACUAAAUCAGAGAAAACUUCUUAAAUAUCAAACAAAAAUGAGAUUUGAAAUCUCAAAAGUGAAAAAAAAGAUUGCUUCAAUGAGGUGUUUUCUCUCUAAAAUUCUUAUAUUUAAGUUUAGUUAGAUUUUCUUUUGGCUAAACGAGGCUAACAACGUCCCACAACCACAAGAAUAAUCUAAUCUACUGUCUCAGACGAAGAGAAAAGAGGCUGUUUGAAACACUCACAUGCUGUAUGUUCAUGUAAACAGCUGCUGUUUCCUUGAAUCUCUACUCUGGAGGUGGAAGGAGAGGACAGAACUGUCAUUUAACCAAAGUGCUGUAGCUGCGUAAACCAAACAGGAGACUGAAUGUGGAGCCAGUUUAAUGAUUCAGUAACAUGUUUCUAGGAUACAGAAGGAACAAACACAGGCCAACAGUUUUUUACAUGAACAUAUCGCCAUGGCAGUGUGUUCUAAAGUGUCAACUCAAGCUUUAAGUUGGAUAUUUGGUGCUUUAGAUUGUGAGUAGAAGGCGAAGCACAGAUCGGUGCCUUGCUUAAACUCUGCGUUAUGUUGAUUAGUAACUGAUGAGCUGCUGCAGAGAGUCGAUGAAAUCAAGGUGUUCAAAUUCAACUAUUUAAAGAAGGAAUGUUCUGUCUGUGACUGUGAAUCAACGCUAAAUAAACAUCUUCAAUCCAGAUGAAA